AUGAUCACGGACCCGCAGCUCGCCAUCUUCGCCAACAUGCUGGGCCUGUUGCCCUUCCUGCUUCUUGUUCUUUACCACCACGUGGCCGUCAGCAAUACCAAGAAGCAAGAAUGA